AUCUGGGUUCCCACCUUCCCAGGUAUCCAGGCCUCGACCUUCCUGAGGAUCCAGGUUGCAUCAUCCAUGUGGGGUGGUGACUUCGCCACGGUGGAAUUGCCGCUGCCAGCCAAGUGGGUCAUAUUUCAUGAAGAGAGCAGGUGACCAGAGGUGGGCGGAGGGGCCUGGAGACAGGUAUAAGCCCCUGGGGAGCACCCAGAGCAGCCACAGGAAAUCCAGAGAGAGGAAGAGGAGGAACUAGACCCAGCUUUGACUCAGGAGCACCAGAAAAAUUAGACCUUCUGGACCCCUGCCUCCCCAGACCCCCAUCCUCCCCGUGGUACACAGGACACAGUAGCAGGCAAGGAGCCCAAGCCCUGAGGACCAAGACUGCCAGGCAGUUGAGCAUCUGGGCCCACAGAAACCCCUUCUGCCUGGUCCCAGGGGCCUGUCCAUCCCUUUCUCCAGCCUCUUGACUGCUUGAACGAUGGGCCCAAGAAAGAGAGCCCCAGGAUGCCUGGCUCCUCUGCUGUCCUUGCUCCUGGCCUAUAGAGGCUGGGGCUACCCCAUCCCCGAUUCCAGCCCCAUGCUCCUGUUUGGGGGCCAGGUCCGGCUCCGACACCUGUACACAGAUGACGGCCAGGACACUGAGGCCCAUGUGGAGAUGGGGCCUGACGGGGCAGUUCGAGCCACAGCCGAGAGGAGCCCCAAUAGUCUUCUGGAGUUGAAGGCGGUGAAGCCUGGCGUCAUCCGAAUCCUUGCCGUCCAGAGCUCUCGGUUUCUGUGUAUGAGGCCCAAUGGGGAGCUGUAUGGAGCGGUACACUACGACCCUUCUGCCUGUAACUUUCGGGAACAUCUGCUGGGGGAUGGCUAUAAUGUGUAUGAAUCAGAGGCUCAUGGGCGGACCCUUCGUCUGUCCCCCCAGGCCUCCCCGGGCCAGGCUGGCCCUUCUCGAUUCCUGCCACUUCCUGGUGACCAGCUGCCUGGCCCCGAGCCUCCCUGGGCACAGGGCCCCGAGCCCCCCGAUGUGGGCUCAGCCGACCCACUGAGCAUGGUGGGGGGCGUGCAGGGCCGCAGUCCCAGCUACUCCUCCUGAGCCCAGCCAGCCCCCACUCCACCUCGCUCAGGCAGGCCCUGGCUACUAUUUAUUCUGAGGGCUGGGCACCUCAACUCUUAUUUAUGUCUCUUUUCUAGCUCUACAUCUGAGCAAUAAAGCAUCAAAGUACCAGUGGCAAA